ACUCUGCAGAUUGUGGAGCCCUAUGGUAAUGAAAACAGUGGGACAAUUGGUGGCUGUUGACUGUUGUCAUGUCCCCUUUCACUACCCAUUGGAGCUUUGUUGUAUUUAAGGAUUAUGGGGGAAAUACAAAGGUUGGGAGCUAAAAGGAAGCUGUCCCGGUGUCAGAAAUUAUCCCCAAGUACUGAUCACUGUCAGGGCCUUUUACGUCAUCACCCUUUAAAGUCAUGUUCCCAGAGAAUCUGAACCAUGUACGAAGGCUGAGACAGAGAUGGACAGAGCGGCUUUCCCUCCACUGACUUUCACGGCCCUUUUCCUUCGUUGGGCUUGUUACGCUGACGAGGACACACUGACCUGCCCAGAACUUCAGGAAGGAUUUGACGGCUCCUGUUACGAGUUUGUGGGUCUGCGCCGAUCCUUCCUCAGUGCACAGGGGUGGUGUGAGAGAGGUGGAGGACACCUAGUCUUUAUUCUUAAUGAUGAAACUCAACAGUUCCUACAGAAGCACCUGGAGCCUGAGAAGGACUGGUGGCUUGGACUGGCACCUGCUGCUCCAAACCUCACACUGGAAGCUGCUGGUACUGAGGGUUCCCUUGCAUGGCUGGAUAGUUCUGAUGUCAGCUAUAAUAACUGGGUAAACCCUCCCGAUUCAGAAGCAGCUUGUGGACAUGUCCUUGCAAAUUCUGGCUUCCAGUGGGAGGCCACAGUGAACUGCAGCCAGGAACUCAACUUCAUCUGCCAGUUUGAUUCUGGGAGAUCUAUCGCAUGUCAUGGACAAAAUGCCACCCUGCAGUGUGGCUCUGGCCAAGUCAUAGAGAUCGUCGACAGCUUCUAUGGUCGGAAGACAAUUCACUACUGCCGCUCUGCGAUCACAGCCCUGCCCGCAUCAGCCCAGGAGGAGUGCAGCUGGAUAGAUGUGGUAGAGUCUGUAACAGCCCAGUGCCAUGGACUGCAGGCCUGCCAGGCUUCAAUGGAUCUGAGUUCUUCUGUUGAACCGUGUCCUGUACUAGGAAGUUACCUGUCUGUGGAGUACCACUGCAAACAUGGACUCCACUUAUUGAUGAGCAAACUGGCAGCAGUGUUUGAUAACGUUACCAUCACUGUGAAGUGGCUCCUGCAUCCAUUUCAGGGAAACCUGACGUGCACAUUGAACUCUGGAGAUGGCCACACUAUUGAUCCAUACAGCCUGGAAGAGAUGGAGAGUACUAUUAUGCACAAAUUCAGUCGUCCUGGUGUUUUCCUAGUUUCGGUGGAGUGCACCACCAGUGACUGGCAUGUUACAGCCCAGAAAGCCAUCACUAUUCAGGAGCCUGUUAGAGACUUUGGAGACAUCAGGUGCUAUAGCAUUAAUGGGUCAAAUGAUGGCGCUAAAUGCCAUGCGCAGUUUGGCCAACCUGUACAUAUAGAGGUGAUGGUACAGAAAGGUACAAAUAUUUCCUAUACCAUUCAUCAUGGGGACCAAUUGCUUGCAAGCUCAUCAAUAAGCAUUGGAAUACAACCACACAACAUCACACUGGAUUCAACGGUGGUUGAGAGGCUUGGGUCUGGCUGCCACAAUCUGACUGUAGCUGCUUCAAACAGACUCACAUCCCACGCAGUGUCUGCUGCUCUGGAGCUGUGUCUGCUGGAGCCUGUGAAAGGCCUCCUGGCCUCAGUCCUGUCAGAGGCCCGAGUGUGUCCAGACUCUGCUGAUUUGAUGAUUGAGGUAUCAUUAAAUCAAGGGUCACCUGUGCAACUUUUCUUCAACUUUACUGGAGCUACAGACUCUCUAUCUGAGACAAGGGAGAUGCUCAAUGGUAGCUCAGAAGUGUAUACAUUCUCUAGUCCUAUCCAAGGAUUGUUAAAAGUCCACGUCCGAGCCAUGAAUGGUAUUUGGUCAUUAGAAGUUGAUGUGGACCUGGAGGACAUCCUCCAGGCUUGUAGGAAUCACUCUGACGUUUUACCAGAUGGACAAGAAAACAAAACAGAUGUUACCACUGAUGUGAAAAUAAUUGCCUUUCCUGACACUUUGAUUGACUACAAUCACAACAUCACACUGAGUGUCGCAGGAAUCGAUUCGUUACUGCGCACAGGGCUCGCAUUUGAAUGGCAAUGUGCUUUGUCUGUUUCUGUCCUUACAGAAGGAAACUGCAGAUGCAGAAACACAACGCAGGAUUCAAGUCUUGUGGUCGACAGAGACUGUCUGCCCGAUCCCUUUGAAUUUCAGAAGUACACAUUGACAGUUAGAAAAAAACUCUGGUUCAUAGAGUGGCCCGUGUUCAGUUUGAACUCAAAGUGCAUCACUGUGACUCCAAAGGAAUUCACAGACGUCAAUAUCAGUUGUGACAAUUGCACUAACCUUAAUGCGGACAACGAUAUAAAGCUGAGGCUUAGCUGUGUAACAACUUGUCCAGAUGUUGUCUGGUUCAUCGAAGACCCAGGGGCUAUGAAGGACGACCUCAAAAAAUGUUACUCUAAAGCAGGAAGGGCGCCCCCUACUGACACGCAGAAUGGCAGCACUGAAUACAUUGUACAAAAAAAACAUUUUCAGGAUUCCAGGAACAAACUGCACAACAUCACUGUACUGGCCUAUGGCAAGAAAGAACUCGGCUUUGCCAAGUACACUUUCCCAGUACCAGGUGUCGAUCCGACUGAAGCAGCAGCUCACAGCACUGAUCCUCCAACAGACCCCAGCCCACCGUUGUGUACCAUUUCUCCCACCUCUGGCACUGUCCUAGAUGCUUUUGACAUUACUUGCAAACCAAACUCCUUCUGCACCACAGGCUGUGUUUAUUGCUUUAAAACAAAUGCAGGCCAACACCUACGCUGUAGUAAUGCAAAUGAGAUGAAAUCCGUCUUCCUGCCUCUGGGAGAUGAGAACAACAAUUACACUUUGUCUGUAAUAGUGAGUGCAAAAAAUGGAAUGGACCAAACCUCCACCACAACUGUUACAACUCAGGUUCGUAAAAGUGACCUCAGCGAUUCAGUGGUGGCUCUUCAGUCUGCUGUGGAGGACACUGUGGCUCAGUUAGAGGACCAAGGUCUGCUGUCGGGGGAGGCACUGGGGCAAAUAUUUACCUCAGUUUCCUACAUGCUGAAUACAGAGGCUGACCAGGACCAGAAGGAUGAGAGGACCAAGUUCAGGGAGCAAAUGUUGACCAAAAUGGCUACGGUGCUCAUGGACACCCCAAGUAACACAACCCAUGAAGUACAGGUAACAGCCAGAGCUGUGGCUGGACUCACUCAACGCACAGAGGAGCUCAGCCCUGCUGCUCAAGAAGAAGCUGGUUCACUACUGGUUGACCUCAGCUCCUUUCUUAACACCAUCAGUGUUAAACACAACAGUAGUGAUGAAGCAGAAGUUGUUGAAGCUGCUGCACCCAUUGUUGAAGCAGCCAGUAACAUUUUAAACAGUUCAUCAAACAAAAAGAUUUCAGACUUACUUUUGACUGGAAUCAACAAUGUUCAAAGUGCUUUGUUGAAUAAUAAAAAGCUGGAUGAAGGCCCCGCCAUCAUAGAGUCUGGUCAGAUCACUGUCUAUGUCAACAGAAUUUCACCAGAGUCCAUGCAAACACAAGAUAUUAAUGCGCAGAAGAGAAGCUCAUCCAGAUUUUCCUUUCCAAAACUGCCACACAAUGUUGUUUCUCCUGAGGAGCCGGUGGACGUCAGAAUGAUGAGCUUUGAGAAAAAUCCAUACUCCUGGAAAGAGGAAAAUAUCACAGGAAUUGUAGGAUCCUUGUCUCUCAGCAGAAUGGAUGGCACUGUGAUACCUGUGGAGAACUUACCUGAGGAGAUUGAGAUUCUUCUUCCAAGACUUGACACAGGCCCUGAGAACAUCACCACUGUUGACCUGGCCAACUUCAGUACAGUGAUUCUUGACAUCCCUUCGCCAGAUGUAACAUUGGUGCUGAAAGUGGAGCCUUCUGAAAACAUUUCUUUUGUCCUGUUGCUGGGGUAUAAUGAUUAUCCAAAUGAUGAGAAUUUUGUUGCCAAAACUCAAAUUCCGUUGGAAAAUUCAAAAGAAGAGGAAAAAUACACCUGGGUGCUCAGUCCUCAAAACAGAACAGGAGAUGUUGGAGUUCACUAUCUUGUUAUCAAGCCUAUUGUAGAGCCAGGCAUCAAAUCCGUCAAUGCCACGGUUGCUGUGACGACCAUUGCAGCCCAGUGCAAAUACUGGAAUGAAACCCAGUCUGGCUGGAGUGAAGAUGGCUGCAGGGUUGGUCCACUCACCACGUCUUUGGUCACCCAGUGCCUCUGCAAUCACCUCACCUUCUUUGGCAGCUCCUUCUUUGUCAUGCCAAAUCUGGUGGAUGUUUCUCGAACAGCCGAACUUUUUGCCACUUUCACCAACAACCCUGUGGUGGUGUGUUUUGUUGGGGCUAUAUUUUUUGUUUAUCUCCUGGUGAUUGUGUGGGCACGCAGGAAAGACAUCCAGGACUCGACCAAGGUCAAGAUAACGGUACUAGAGGACAAUGAUCCAUUGGCUGAGUAUUGUUACAUGCUGAGUGUCAGUACAGGUCACAGACACGGUGCCAACACCUCAUCUCAGGUGACAAUAACUCUCCUGGGCACAGAGGGAGAAAGUGACCCCCAUCACCUGACGGACCCUGAGAAGCCUGUGUUCGAAAGGGGUGGUGUAGACAUGUUCCUCAUGACCACACACUUUUCUCUUGGUGAUCUACAAAGCAUCAGGCUGUGGCAUGACAACUCAGGGGGACGACCAGCAUGGUAUGUCAACAAAGUGAUUGUGCAGGAUCUGGAGACGGGUCAGAAAUGGCACUUCCUGUGUAACUCCUGGCUGGCUGUAGAUGUAGGAGAGUGCUCGCUCGACAAGGUUUUCCCCGUAGCCACAGAAAUAGAUUUGAAAAAGUUCAGCAACUUGUUUUUCAUGAAAACAGCCAAAGACUUCAGUGAUGGUCAUAUCUGGUUUUCUGUCGUAAGUCGACCUCCAUGCAGCACUUUCACACGUGUACAACGUGUGUCCUGCUGCUUUUCUCUUCUCCUUUGCACCAUGUUGACCAGCAUUAUGUUCUGGGGCAUUCCAACAGAUCCCUCUGAGCAGACCAUGGACCUGGGCCACAUAGAGUUUACCUGGCAACAGGUGAUGAUUGGAAUUCAAAGUUCUAUCAUCAUGUUUCCCAUCAAUCUGUUCAUUGUGAGCAUCUUCAGAAACACUCGGCCUCGAGAGAAAAGCAGCAAAGGAGAAACAUCCAAGCAGUGUAAGACUGGUCGAGUGUCUCCCUCACAGACCUCUUCUCCUCAGAAGGAGCUGAAGGACAUUACAGCAGACACUGUGAUCAAGGACAUAAAGAAAAUUGCUCAGUCUCUCUCGAAGGCCAUGAAAAGCCCACUGCCUCAUCAGGAGCUCCAUCCUGGUCAGCAGACGGACAUUAACGCUCUGCUCUCUUUGGUUGAGGAUAUCAUCAGACAGCAGAAUCAAAUCAGUGGGGACUUCUACUCUGAGGCCUCAAAAAGAGAUCACUCUUCAAUCCUCAGUCUAGGUUCAGUCAGUUUACAAGAAAACAGUAUGUGUGGAAGUCCAGAGAAGACUUCAGAUGAGGUCCAGAAGAAGAACAACAACAGUCGUUACCUCUACAGGCAGCUGCGCCAUGUUGAGAAGGAGCUUGGUCUAUUGGGACCCUCUCGUUUCCCAGACUCAGACAGUUACAACCAGGCCAUGCAGCAGGUCCAAGGAAUGAAGGGUCUACUGGACUUUCAUCUGCCCUCAUCCAGCCUGAACAGUGAGCUUCUGGACCACAGCCCAAGUCCAGAGGAGAGCGUAAGCAGCGGGAACUCCGGCAAAAAAUGUUGUCUGGCGGGACUGCCAUGGUGGUUCGUCUUCAUUGGCUGGACACUUGUAAUAGCAACCAGCAGUGUGUCAGGAUACUUUACCAUGAUGUAUGGGUUGACGUAUGGAAAGGAGCGCUCUAUCAGCUGGCUCAUCUCUAUGGUGGUGUCUUUCUUUGAGAGUCUCUUUAUUACACAACCUCUGAAGGUCCUUGGAUUUGCAGCUUUCUUUGCUCUGGUUCUAAAGAAAGUUGAUGAAGAGGAGUUUGGAGAACCACAGAUAGAUGAGACUUUCAGAAAUUCUGAUGAUCCUGAUGCAGUCAGGGCAGCGAGAAGAGACAGUACAUGCAGUUUCUACCAGCCGCCCCCUCCCACUGACAUCGAGAGGAUCAGGAACAACAUGAUUAAAGAGCGAAAAGUCUUUGCACUAAUGGGAGAAAUUAUUGCAUACAUGGGGUUCAUGUGGAUGUUGCUCCUGGUAGCAUAUGGUCAGAGGGAUCCCAAUGCUUACUUUCUGAGUCAUCACAUCCGUCAGAGCUUCAGCAAAGGGAUUUCAGACAGUAUGAGCAUUCAUGAUGUGUUCCACUGGGCAAAUACAACUCUGCUCAGCAGCCUGUUUGGACAACGCCCAGGUUUCAUCACAGAUGGAAAUUCAAAGCUGGUGGGCAAUGCUCGUCUACGCCAAGUGAGAGUGAUGAAAAACUCCUGCUCUGUUUCCCACUCCAUGCAGCAGUCAAUUCAUGAAUGUCAUGCUCCAUACUCAUGGGAGUUGGAGGACAUGGGCACCUAUGGUCCAGGAUGGAGCAGCUCUGUGGGAGGUAACACCUCACUGAACCUGCUAGAAAACGCAUGGAUGUACCAGUCCCAGGGUAAACUGAGGUCCUACCCUGUCUGGGGUAGUGUGGUUCUCUACAGAGGAGGAGGGUAUGUGGUGGAUCUGGGACCUGACUUGCCAAAUUCCAGCAGAUCUCUUCAGUACCUUUAUGACAAUGCCUGGUUUGAUGCUUAUACCCAGGCCAUCUUUGUUGAGUUCACCGUGUAUAAUGCCAACGUCAACCUUUUCUGCAUUGUUACACUUAUGCUGGAAACCACAGCUAUAGGAGCUUUUCAGUUCCGCAGUGAGCAUCAAAGUGUCCGUCUUUACCAGUCCACCGGCGGCCUCCACAUCUUUGUCAUGGCCUCUGAGGCAAUCUACUUCCUCUUUAUCAUCUAUUACAUGUUUGUUCAGGGGAAGCUGAUAAAGCAGCAGAGAUGGGCUUAUUUAAGGAGUAAGUGGAACCUGCUGGAGCUUGGUAUCAUAAUUCUCAGCUGGAGUGCACUAUCUGUCUUCAUCAAAAGGACUUUGCUUGGGAACCGUGACAUGUCCUAUUACCAGAACAACAGAGACCAAUACGCCAGUUUCCAUCAGACGGCCCAGGCUGAUGCAGUGUUAGGAUAUCUGAUUGCUUUCUUAGUGUUGUUGGCUACAGUCAAACUCUGGCACCUACUGAGACUGAACCCCAAGCUUCAUAUGAUUACAUCCACACUGCAGCGAGCCUGGUCUGAUAUUUCAGGCUUCCUGGUGGUCAUGACCAUCAUGUUUCUGGCCUACUCCAUUGCGUCUAACCUGCUGUACGGUUGGAAGUUGUACUCCUAUCGAACUCUGUUGGAUGCUGCUCAGACAAUGGUCAGCUUGCAGCUCGGCAUUUUUAAUUAUGAAGAGGUCCUGAAUUAUAACCCGGUACUUGGUGCCUUCCUGAUUGGCUCCUGCAUUGUUUUUAUGACUUUUGUGGUUCUGAACCUCUUCAUCUCCGUCAUUUUGGUGGCGUUCAGUGAAGAACAGAAUCAUCACAAGCCAUCGGAGGAGGAAGAGAUCGUGGACCUGAUGCUGAUGAAAUUGUGCAGUUUGUUUGGUCUCAAGUUUAAGCAACAAGGUGAUGAACCUCCAGCCAAACAGCCUCUUGUUUCAUCAAGGUCUGCAACACUGAGAGGUUCUCCUGAGGAUAUUCACGAUGGCUAAAGUGUUGUACAACAGUCAAAUAGAUGACUAUAGAGCUUUGUGCUUUAUUGCUUCCUUGUUAUUCUAAUGGCUCUCUCUAUAUAAGCAAGCCAAGAUGUAGUUGCCCAUGUUGUUCUUAAAUUAUUGGCAUUUCUCUCUGCUUCUGCUGCUGCUACAAAUGUAAAAUGGUAAUAAAAUGAAUGGAGAACAAAACUUUAUAAUGAGUUGCUUAUGCUGCAAAAAAACUCUGAAACAAACGAGUUUCUAUGAAUAGAACUGUUCAAAUUAUACAUAGUUUGACAAAAACUUUCAA